AAAGUUAUGCGGAAUCGAUGGAGGUAAUUAGUUUACAACAAAAUUUUUAAAAUAGCAACUCGGGGUUAAUUUCAAAAGAGCAAAAAAUGAAUUUCAAGUCCGCUUAAAAGAGAUUGUCAAUUGGUAGAUUUUAAGUAAUUGUCUACUAAUCAUGAGUGCGGAUACAACGGAAAGUCGAGUCUCCCAUGUUUAAAAAUGGCAGUAGAGUCAGUUUGAAGAGGAUAAAAGAGUCUCCUAAUUAUCUCUUGCGUAUAUUCAUUACUCUGGCAUAAUGAAUUGUGAACUGUUGAAGAAUGGAAUGAAUGCUGGAUUGUGCUAAUUAUGAAUAAUUAAACGUAUUUUUUGGCAUAUCAUAAGUUGCUAUUUGCAAGUUCGUGAGAGAAAAUUCUAUAUGUCGUGUUAGUCGUGAGUAGAGUACGCAUCCUGUAAAGUGAAUAUUGUUUCGUUUCUAAAAAAAUUAAAUAGUUUCGUUUAUAUAUUUUUUAAAAUCUGAGCAUGAGAUAAAAAUAAAAUCCAGGAGCUGACCCGUAUGCGUGUAUUAAUUAUCACGGAAAUCCAGGGCUAUGUGUAGAUGUCCAACAAAAUCAAUAACAAUGAUGAUUUCGUUAUUUCCGUCCUUUUUCAAUGCAAAUGUCGACCGUUGUAUUCUUCAAUAGUGAACGUUUAAUGAAAAAAUUUUGAAAACAUUAUUUAUUAACAGGCAGUGUUAUAAUUAUUUUUAAAAUAAUGGAAAUAUCCAAAAGAGCUAGAAUGGAGUACGAUGAAUUACCAUUAGAUUUAAGUAUAAAGAAAAGUCCUUCGGAUGAAAAUAAAAAAGAAGAACCAGAAUUAUCACACACAAAUGCACUUAACGACAGUCACAUAUUUGCUGUUCCAAGAGUUCCACCUCAAACUAUUAGUAUAUCUGAUAGAAUAUUAGCAUCUGAAUGUGCACUUUCUCAAAAAUUAAGACAUAUCAAUUUCAAUUUCCCCGUUGAAUAUGUAUACAAUCCUAUAGAGUAUGCAUUUCAAGUUCAUGCAAUGUAUGUAACUAAAUACUGCCGUUCAACAAAAAAAGUCCUCUUCCUUGGCAUGAAUCCUGGACCUUGGGGUAUGUCACAGACAGGUGUACCAUUUGGUGAAGUUAAUAUUGUAAGAGACUGGUUAAAACUUAGUGGUAAUAUUGGUAAACCAUAUCGUGAACAAGCUGACAGACUGAUAACAGGGUUUAAUUGUACUCGUAGUGAAAUUAGUGGUAGAAGAUUUUGGAAUCUUUUUAGAGAAUUAUGUAGUGAAGAUCCUGAAAAAUUCUUUAGACAUGCAUUUUUGCACAAUUACUGCCCGAUUGCUUUGAUGGAUGCUGGAGGUCGUAACAUCACUCCUGCAGAAUUAAAGGGUCCUGAACAAUAUACUUUAUACGCAGCUUGCGAUGAAACUUUAAUAACUGUGUUGAAGCUACUUAAAGUUGACAUUGUUGUUGGAGUUGGCAGAUUUGCAGAAAAAAGAGCGCAAACUGUUAUAAAGACUACUGGUCUUCCAAUCAAGGUAUUAUGUAUUCCACAUCCAAGUCCUAGAUCAGUGGGUAAUGAGAAUUGGAAUGAAAAAGCAAAGCUAAAACUCAGAGAGUAUAACUUGAUGCAAUAUUUUCUAUAUUAAGUUUAUGUAUUUUUACUCUUUGUUUUAUGAUCGCUUUGAUAUACAUCGAAUUUUUCAAUUUUAUUUGAGAUUCAGGAAAAAUAUUGUUUCAGAUAAUUUGUUGAGAAAAAUUAUUUUUUCGUUUAUAUAAAUAUAUAUUCUAUCAUGA